UAUUUCAUAAUUAUAAUUUGCCUUUUUUCUUAAUUAAUUCAAUUAAUUUGAAAUACAUAGAAGUUUUUUUUAGUUUUCAUCGAAAUAUAUAUAUAUAUAUACGUGUGUGUGUUAUGUAUUUGGAAAAUGUUCAUGAUAAAACUCCUUAAACUUUAGGUCGGUUAAUAGUUAAAAAUUUUGUUUUAUAUUUUGGAGAAUAAAAUCGGUGUUAACAAUCGUCAUCAUGUUUCAUAAAGUUAUAUCACGUGUGUGUAAUCGAACAAAUCAAUUAAACAAUACACGUUUUUUUUCACAAAAAAUCGAAACGAAUACUAUAGAAAAAACUAUUAAUCAAAUAACAUUACUUGGAAGAGUCGGUGGAGCUCCACAAGAACGCGGAACUGAAAAACACCCUGUAGUGAUUUUCUCUCUAGCAACUCAUUUCAAUUAUAAAUAUGAAAAUGGUGAAUAUCUACAAAAAACAGAUUGGCACAGGAUAUGUGUUUUUAAACCUAAUCUUAGAGAAAGUAUAUCUAAUUACAUGAAGAAAGGACAACGUGUAUUAGUAAAUGGAAGAUUAAGUUAUGGCGAAUUCAAAGAUGAUGAAGGAAAUACAAGAGUAUCUACAGCUGUUAUAGCAGAUGAAGUCAUCUUUUUCCAAUACUAAUAAUAAAGUAAAAUAUUUCAAUUUAAGAAAAAACUGCUAAUUUUUAUAAUUUUAAUUUUAAUUUUAAAGAUCAAUUGAUAUAUAUACAAUAAUGAAUUGUGAAAAUAUAAAUGUGUUAGAAGAAAAAAUGUAUACAUGUAGUAAAGAGAGAAAAUAAUAUGAUCACAAAAGAAAUGUUUGAAAUAUAAAUGAGUUUGCAUAAUUAAAUAACACAUUCAUAUUUUAUGAUAUUGCAUAUGUUUAAUACAAGCAGAUCAUACAUACAUGUUGUAUUGUAGAAAUACAUGUUUAAAAGUAAAGAUUAAAAUCUUUUUUUUUAUAAUUCAUUAUUGAACGAUAUCUCUAUUGAAUAUCUAAGCGAAACAGUGGCGAUGUCGAUUAAUCGACCUUAAAGUUUAGUACGAAAAAUUACGAGUAUCUAAAAUGUUGCGAUAUAUAAUUUAUUGUUGGAAAGUGCUUAAACAAUAUCUAAGCCAUUGCAGUAUCCAUGGUGUUAGAUAUCUUGUUUCUGAAAAUAGUUUCUACAUUGAACGGUAAAAUAAUUAUAAAUAAUUAUUUUUAAUAAUUUAUAAUAGUAAUAUUUUCUCUUAUACUUUGAAGAUUUUUCUGGUUGUUCUUUUGUAUACUGAGUUGGUGGGGUUGUACUGUAAUGAUCAAGGAUA